GUGGGGACCAAGUCCACAGAUGGUGUUUUUUGGGGGGCUGGUUUAAAAACAGUCCACGGCUACUAAGAUCUUGUUUUAAAGCAAAUAUAUGGAAUUAAGUCUAAUAAACUUCCUGAAAACCAAGGGAACCAGUAAGUGCUGACAGUGCGUGUAUGCUGUACAGAAGCUUUUCUGUUGUAAGGUAUAUUGCUAAGCUUGGGAAAGGGAUAGUGAGAUUAUGGAGUGGAUAAUAUCCAUGACAGGCGAUGAUUAAAAAAAAAAAAAAGGCAUAUUGGAGAUAUUGCAAAUCAAAAAUUCUAAUAGAAAAAUUCACCACAGUGAACAUGUUUCCCAUGCAAAGACUUGGGGGAGCUUUUCCAGAACCCAAACAUUCUGGGCUAGUUUCAGGUCUUUUGUGUGGUUUUCGAGAUGUAGCUGGGCUCAAAAUUUUGCUGAGACCUUGCAACGCUGCCAAGCACUGUCUCUCUUCAUAUCUGGCAUUGAGGCCGCAAUGUCAGCAUGUUUUACUAACCCUUUCGGUUUUUGUUUGAACUCGCAUUCUUCAUAGCUGAUUAGUUUGAUGUGGUGUGUGUUUUCAGGCAAUAGCAGCCAUCCGACAAGAGCGCUUCUAAAGAAGAGAAUGCUAUAGCAACACACAAUAACAACCAGCUGCCCUGGCUGCUACUUAAAGAAGAUGCGAACUCUGGCUGUUUUCGUUUCGUACCCUUUCUGCGUAGUGUCUGUUAGUGUGUUUUGGACAGCAGAGAUUAGUUUUGUGUGUGUUAUGUUUCUUACAAGUCUGUGGCUCUCCUCUGCAGGGAAGAUGUCAGCUUUUCCCUUUUUCAACGUGUUUUUUUUUCCCUCAUGCAGUUUUCAAAGAGCUUUUAUCUGGUUCAGAUGUUAUGGUUCUCAUGUUCACUCUUCCUUGUGUGUGUGUGUGGAUGUGUGUGUGUGUGUGGAUGUUGUAAUCCCUCUCACCUGUUUGCCUCAUUAUCGGCUGGUGUGUGGUGAAGUGUGACGGAGCAUGAAAGCAAAGGGAGUUUGGAGUAAUGAGCAUCCAUCACUCCCUGUCCCACUACCACUGAGCACUACAAAUCCCCACUGAGAGACAGACAGACUGAAAGAGAGAGGGAACGCAAACAUACACACAGCUGCUGUUACGUUACAAUGCUAAUAAUUAUAACUGAAGUUUGAACAGCCAAUUAGAAUCACAAUGUAAGGCAAAUCACCACCUGAGCUGCAGUCGCGAAUAAAAUCUUAAUUUAAUGAAUUAUCCAUGUGGAAAAAAUGCAUCAAAGAUGGCUCAAGACAUUAAAAACAAGACAUGAGCCUGGGACGCAACUGUCGCUUUUGAAGAGGUGGACUGCUGCAAUUCCUACUCAGACACAGAUUCAAAGAGAGAGGUUAGAAAAAGUUGGAAAGGGGGUAGAGAAAAUUGGACCCAAAUAAUGAGCAUGGCUUGCCGACAUGCUGUGUGCUGUGUAAAUAUAUGACAGUGACAACUUUCGCUCUUUUAACUCCUUUGGAUUCAGAAUAAAAAUGCAGAAUUUUAGCUUUCCCUGUCCUAUCAGGUGAACCAUCAAGGAACAGCUAUUUGUAUGUACAUAGAACAACGUUGUUUUCCAUCUGACCAUAAAUGCCGUCCAAGAUAUAGGCAUCAAGUUUAAAAGGCUGCCACAGAGCAGAAUGCCAGAUUCGUUUGAUAAAACAUACUUAAAAAAUGCAUAGCAUCCUGGGACACAAUCUUAUGGACUGAUUGUCUUGAAGAUUAAUAAAUUAUGGAUAAAAUUAUGAAUUAGCUUAACGAGCUGUAAGUGUAGCAGAUGAGCGCUUAAUCAGCUUAACCUUGGCAUGUUUUCUAUACAGGAGAGUGCAUUGAAUUUCUAAAUCAUUAUUUAAUUAAUACACAACUCAAAAUAUCAAAUUAAAAGCAUUAUAAAAUAGCUUAUUCCUCACACACACAAUACGAUUUUAUGACCUCAGUUUAGCGUCUCAUGGCUCCAUUAAGUUGUGUGCACUGUGAGUUACUGUCAGAGCAACAUAAUGGGAGGUGCUGGAUCAAGUGCUAUUUUAUAAACUGCCCAAUAAUGACUGGAAGCCAUGUUGUUUAAGUUAAUCUAGGACUAUUCAUGCAGCAAUAUUUUGGUGAUAUACUAGACUCCUAUUAGAUGUUUAUUUCAGUGCUUACCAUCUUAUCAAAUUAGUCUUUUAAAUUGUCUCUUGCUUUGAUAUUACAUUUGGUAGCAAAUGGGGAAAAAGCGUGAUCAUCAUCUUCAGUCCUCAUUUUCUAUCCCUAAUUUUUUGGGGGUUUAAAGACAAGGGCUUGUGCUUAAUUGUGAUGGUCUAGACGCUAUUGAGAAAUCCUUUCUCUGAAACUUCCGUUUAAGAAAAAUCUGCCAACCUCAGACGCGCAAACAACAAGCAGGUAAUUUGCAUAAUCUGAAUGGAGCACCUAGAAAAUCGACUUGUGUGUGCGUAACCCAACUCUGAAUAUGAGAAACUAUGAAUAAAUAUUGCUGUAACUUUUGGACUCAAGUCACCAACUCUGAAUACGUCCCUUAGUGACAGUAUAACGUGGACGUAAGUAUGCGUUGAUUAAAUCUAAAAUGCUGCACAGUAACCCGAUGUUACCAAAGUUACCAACCAAAGUUCUGGUUUUGUCAGAACAAGACUGCAUCACUGUCCAAACUGCACUGCGCACAAACAAAAGAAUAACGAUCACGCAUAUCACAAAUGACAUAAUAAUAAUAGAUCUGCGAUCCGAAUUAUGUCUCACUGUAAUGACUGUUCUAGCUGACAGCAAAUCCCGAUCGACCCAUGUUCAAGUGUUUGGCAUGAACUCAAAGCUCAAUAUUGUGCACAGUCUCUCUGGGUUUGCUGUAUUGAUUGUUGAAUAUUGAGAAGAUUCAAAACAUUUGCUCGUAUUACCAGCAGUCAUGGUCUGUUAAUUCCCUGUGGCCUGUAAUUAUUUUUCCAACAAUGCUUAACUCACUCUGUGUAGUAGUAGAUCAGGUCACUCGAGCUGUGUGUGUUGAUAAACUGAUCUUCAGUAUAUUAUAAAGUCUUCAGAUACUGAAGUUCAGUAUAUUAUAAAGUCUUCAGAUACUGAACUUCAGUAUAUUAUAAAGUCUAAUACAUUUAGGACAGGAUUGGAAAGUCUUAAAUAAACAAGCAUAGUGUGGAGUGUGUGCUGUGAGGAAAAUAGUCUGUUGGCAGUUAAUUACUGUAUAUUUUCAUUCAUUCAGUGUAUGUUUAUUUUGGUUUUAAUAGGCAUUUAAAUAUGCUGCCAUUUUAGUUGCAUUGUGUAUAGUGUGGUCUUGGUUAUGAAGAAUUUGUUAACAAAGAAAAGGGAACGCCAUCUGGCAAAUGUCUUUUCUGAGGGUCUGUUUUAAGGGUGUGUCCUGCUGGGAAGGGGCCAUGGUCAACAGCCCUUUCACCCUACCUCAUCUCUCAUAUACACACACUCACACACACACACUCACACACACACACACACACACACACACACAGAAGGCUGUGCAAGGUCCUGGUGUCAACAUUUGAGUGACGGGUACAAAGUAAGCAUUUGCCACUCAGGGAACCAAGAGAGAGAAGCAGAACAAGCACUGUCAGUCAACCGUUACCAUGACAAUGGGAGGGCUUGCCCCGUCCCCUGGCCCCUUUGUGUCUUUAUUGAAUUAGCACACAGGUUGCCUUUGUGGGUCCGGGCAAUGGUAAUUGAAAACACAUCACGAGAAGAGGGCUCAAAAAAGGAAGGAUGCGCUUCAGUGCACUCCAUUAGAUCAGCCGAUGUUGAAGAGAAAAGGAAUGAUUAAUAUAUCAGAGUGACAGGAGAAGUAAAAUGAAAAAGGAAAAAGAAAAGGAAAAAUGUUGCAUCUAGGGAUUUGAGAAUAGGUUUGAGAAUGUCACUGAUGCUUUGACAUAAGCAACUGUAUGAAAAAUUCACUCAUGGAGGGCAAUAUAAAAUGACCUUUAAUACUGCAGAGGCAGUUUGUGUAUAAAAAAAUUUUAUUAUGGGGAUUAUUUUAUUAUGGGGAUUAAUUAUUGGGAAGAAGCUACUUUUGAUUUGUGCUUGUUUUUUUUUUUUAAUAAAGUAGGAUACCCUGUUUUAAAACUUUUUAAGUUCUGAUGUAUAGUACCAUAACAUAACAGUAUUUCCUCAGCAUCGUAUUUUCUCACAGUGCUAUACUGUCACACAGAAGCCAUGCAAGAAAAAAAUAAAUCCCCAUCAGCAGGGAUUUACACUCGGCGUCCACCUGUACUGCUGAUCUCCUGGGAAUUUCACUCACAACAGUCUCUAGAGUUUAUACAGAAGAGUGUGAUAAACAGACGAAGAGCACAUUGGGUUCCACUCUGUCAGCCAAGAACAGGAAUCUGAAGUUAUCAUGGGCCCUGGCUCAACGAAACUGGACAGUUGAAGAUUAGAAAAAAAAAUCACUUGGUCUUUUUCCAGUCUUCAGCUCCAGUUUGGGUGAGUCUUUGCCCAUGAUAGCAUCAGAUUCUUGUUCUUGGCUGGCAGGAGUGGAACCUGGUGUGGUAUUCUGCUGUCGUACCCCAUUCACCUCAAGGUUUGAUGUAUUGUGCAUUCUGAGAUGCUUUUCUGCUCACCACGGUUGUAAAGAGUGAUUAUUUGAGUUACUAUAGGCUUGCUGUCAGCUCAAACCAGUCUGGUCAUUCUCCUCUGAUCUCUCUCAUCAACAAGCUGUUUCAUCCUGCAGACCCUCUGCACACAGGAUGCUUUUUUUUUUUGCACCAUUCUUUGUAAACUCUAGAGACUGUUGUGUAUUAAAAACCCGGGAGAACAGCAGUUUAUGAGCUACUCAAACCAGUCCAUCUGGUACCUACAACCAUGCUACAGUUAAGUCACAGAGAUCACAUUUUUUCUUCAUUCUAAUGUUUGAUGUGAACAUUACCUGAAGCUCUUGACCUGAUUUUAUGCAUUGUGCUGCUGCCAAUGGCUGAUUGGAUAACUGCAUGAAUGUACAGGUUUUCCUAAUAAAGUGGACAGUGGGUGUAGAUUACAAGAUCUGUUUCUUGUCAUUACGAGAAAACAGUUUAAGAGAAAAAGCAUCUCCUAAUGGUGAGGAAAUUUCACGUAACUUUGAGAAACCGUCUUGUUACUACUAAGUAUGUUUUUUUUUUUUUUUCACUCGUCUGAUGAUUGACAGUUACGCUAUGUAAACUACCUUAAAUAGCUACAAAUAUGUACAAAAAAACACAUUGCUGCCAAGAAAAAAGAAAUCCCUAUCCAUAUUAAGAUGAUGAUUUCUAAUAAUAACAUGCUUAUACUGUAAUAACAAUAUGUUUUCUAAUAAUAAUGAGAUAUAUAUCACAUGUCUAUGCUGGUGGGGACUGUUUUUUUCUUGCUUGGCAGCAGUGUGCUUCCAUACAGUCAUGUCAUCCUGUCUCGUCCGCCACCUCUAUCCCAUUACUUCAAAUACACAGACUCCAUGACAUGACAGACAAGAGCUCAUUUUAAAAGCAACGACGUAGAAAUAGCAGUGAAGGCCAAGUCCUGUGUUAUGGACAGCAGGGAGACAGAACCAGUCAAAGAGUUUGAUUUCUCAUUUCCGUAUUACGGCACCUACAUCAGUUCCACAGAUGCAACCCAGUUUCUGAGUACUAGUGGCCCUGCUGAUGUGGUUUCUCUUAAUCGUGGGCAGCAUAGAAGGAGCACAUAGGAGUUUAUUCGUUGAAAAUGUGCUCUCCGAGCAGGACCUAUUAUGAUCGGUUUAGUUAGGAGACCAGUCCAUUUCAGCUACAUAUGCCAAAAGGGUUGACCUAUCAAGCAGCAUUUAUAAACACAGCGUAGAGUGUUUUGGUCUGCAUUAGUGUAUGUCUGCCUUUUUUAGUCAGGUUUUGAUCAUAUUUAUACACUAAUAUAAGAUAUAUACCCUAAAGUUUUUUUAUAUUGGUAUAUGUGAUGACUAAAGAGCACACCCUGCUCUUUCCCCCUGGUCUACCUUGUCUCAUUGUCUGGCCAGGAAAGAAUGGUGCAGGCUUUCCUGGCCAAGCUUAAUGGAUUCAUGAUGUCUCUCCUAAUUGAGCUGAGCCAUUGUACUCCAAAAAAAAAUGAUAGCAGGAGUGUUCCAGUGCAAAUGCAGUUUGAAUUGGAGCAAAAUUACAGGGCCUGUGGUCUUUUUAUAGAAAAGAGAAAGCCCUGAUGUCCAUUUUCCUCCCAUUCACCAUCUUGUAACAGGGGGUGGACAGGGUAGGAGGACGGAAUUAUCUACAAACAAACAGAAGGCUUUCGAUAGCUGUGUUGAGGGAAACAGCUAGCAGGGAAUAAUGGUCAGGAUAAUAAGACAGGCUGUAAGAGAAAUGGUGACACUGGCUAAGUGCACCCUGUGUCUGUUUUCGCUCUUUAAAGGAGGUCUGAGUGGUUCUUUGAGGCUCCCAAAUGAUGCGGUAUUGACAAGCUUUUGUGGCGGUUUAAGAAGCCUCUUAAAAUGGCUCUCGGAGGAAAUUUACUAGUCUUGUUUUCCCAUUUGAAUAGUUAACACAUGUUAAUUUUCUAGUCUGAGAUACGACUUUAAAAAAAAAAAAAAAGUCAUACAGCUAUCAAUUAAACAGGCUUAAGUCCAAGUGGAUAAUCCAAUAUAGUAUUUAAUUCUUUCUCCAAUACUCUUUCUCCUUACACAUCCUGAAUUACGCUAGCACUUUUCAUGCUCGUCAUGCACGGCCUUUCAUUAGCCCAUCGAUUAAGUGCAGGAAAUUGAAGAGUUCAAUAGGUAGCUGGUACAAAUUUAUUUUUCAUAUCUUCUACUAAAAAGAUUAGGGACUGGCACUUAAAAAGCACCCUUUUGUGCAUAAGCAGGCAGGGUGACACAUGGGAACUGGAGAUGUGAAAAACUGGACUUUGUCAUGCUAGUUGACUGGAUAAUCCCAUUGAUUUAAUGUGCUAAUUGGAUUUGUAUUGAUAAGGGUUGAACAUUGUAGAUAAUCAACAGUGAAACAGUGUCAGAAUUUCAAAAGGGCUGCACAAUCUUUUGUAUAUUGUUAUUGCAUGGUGUCUGACACUGAUCAUAAUAAUCGACUCUGAACUUUCAGUAUCAGAGGCUCAUCAGUUUUUUUAAUGUACUGCAAAGCAUUUCAUAAUCAUAGUAUAUAGCAAUAUCAUUACCAUAUCAUAUUUUGCCCAUGUGCGGUGUCAUAUAAUGAAUAAAUAAAUCAGUGAUUGUAACGUAGAUGUUAUCUUUUUAGUCCACAGCAGCAAUCUAUGGUAAGGGUAAAAAUGGAAACUAAACCUCUGCAAAGAAGCUCCACCAGGAACUGAUGUAUUUAAUACUCACCUUUAAAAAAGAAGAAAGAAAAAAAAACAAUAUCUAAACAGCUUAUUGUUAUCCCUUGUGCUGUAUAUACUUUAUUAUAUUAACAGAAAUCCAGAACACUAGGAAUAACAUGCACAUUACAGACUACCCAAUAUGCCUUUUUGUUUAUCUGUAUGCCGUCAUUUUUAUCUUAACCAGCAUAUAUCCAAACAAAAUAUUUCCUCAUCUAUAGCUUUUUUGCUCGAAAAACCAUGCUGUCGCCACCAAAAACCUGGCUUCUUUCCAGGUCUGACAGAAAGCAAAGGUGUCCAGCACUCUUCUCCCCACAAUAUGAGACCCCAUUUCCAUCUCAUUAAAGCUGACAGAUGAAAUAUGAACACGUUUAAUAUCCAGCCUAAUAGCUAGCGUUGACAAGCCACAUAAGUUAGCUGGCUAGAGGACUGUCAUGGCAUUUGGAUAAUGAACUGUAAAUAGGAUUUUAUUAGGCUUCACUAUAGCCGUCUAGAGUGGGGUGAAAGGAUGGCUUAUUGUGGCAAAGGUCAGGACCCGAUUUUAAUGCCCUUAUUAUAGACGUUCAUGCUGCUUUAACCAGCAGGGGCGAUUCGGUGUUCAUUGGAAACGUGCCAAGACUGAAGACAUAUUAGUAAUGCCAGUCAGACAGAGAAUACACUAACCUGGGCCAAGUCCCACCUCGCUCAUCACCUCAGCCAAUUUAUUUACGUUUAAAUCCAUUCUUAUCCUCCUCACUAAGAACCCUGUGCCUGACAGCUUUUCAUUGGCGCUUCUUCAUUUUCUGUGAUUUUAGACCGUUUCGUGCAAUUUUUUUUGGCUUUGUCACAUUGAAAACAUCUCUCGUGUAGUCAGGGAUUAGUGGUGAAUAUGGUGGGAAAUAUUCUGAAUGUAACUCAGAGCUACUCGGGCUACAAAAGUCGAUCACAAGCUGGUUAUGCAUUUCCCACUGGAUCAUCAUCCAGCACAGCACCAUCAGAUUGUUUCCCCACUUAUUUCCGUUUACUAGAGCCCCCUCCUUCAAAAUCUUUUGCAGACAAAGAUCCCUAUUCUAAUCAGUUCUAAUAUUCUAUUCAAAUGUGUAUAGUGGCUAUUUACUAGAUUUUUUUUCUCUGAACUUUCCACCAACAGAACAAAUCCAAGCCUAGUUGUAACGCAGGUUUGAGCCCGUGUAAUUCAAGUUACCGGUGAAAUAGGCUUUAAAAAAAUACUAUAAGAAUUCAAUAAUAAAUACAGCUUUCAUUAGGGGUGGUUGUGAUUUCCACUACUGUAACCUCUAAACAAGCUGCAUUAUAGCUUUUAAAUAUCAGUUCACUGAGAAAUCUUCUGUUUACAUUCACUUUGCUAGCAUUUCUCCCUUUUUAUGUGUUUCAUUAUCAUACCUGAGCUAUUGUCAGUUCACGGUCUCUUUCAUUUGGUCAGUAACUCUCGUGUCUCUUAAGCAGCACGGCUACUUCCAGAGAUUUGUACAUGUUGGUGAGUAUUUGUGGUGUGUACAUUCUCCCCCUCACCCCGGAGCCAGUAUUGAUCUGUUAUGUAGUACUGAUACAUCAUGUCUAGCCAAGAUCUAUUUUUUUUUGUGCUGAUAUUUAAAAAGCGGCACAUGAAAUAUAACCAUAAUGCUCUAGUGUCAGCUAACUAACUAUUCUUGGUUGCUUUGUAGACUACAAUUCUUGGUCUUAGUAAUAAAGAUUAGCUAAAAUUUGUUUCAACUCUGCUAACUGCCACAUUGUCUACCAGUGAAUCACCCAGAAAUAACCAAGAUGUUAGCUUACAGCAUUGGAAUAUUGGCAAUGAAAUGUUCUCGAGUCAGCAUUUUGGAAAUCUCCUCAUAUCCUCUCUCUAACAAGACAAUUUGUCCUAAAUGUUUUGUUUUUCCUGCUUGCCCCCCAAAUUGCGAUUGGACUGGUUGGGAGAUUUUUUUUUUUUUUUAAAUGCUUGACGUCACUAUGUAUUAAACUUCUUGAAGUUUUGGAAGCACUACUUUUCAUCUUGUGGGCACUUCAAAAAUCAGAGGAUACUAGCAGCACUUGGUGCAGGAAGAAUCGCCAUCCUGGAUCACACUGUUGAUUACACCAGGCAUCCAUGUGACAUUGUAAUUCAGAAAGAGCAAGUGUGGUCAGAUGUGUCAGGGGGCAAUUCUAGUCUAGCCAGUGCAUUACAGUAAAAAGUCCUCUCUCUCUCUCUCUCUCUCUCUCUCUCUCCCCCAUAUGCUGGGUUUGUCUGAUUCAUAUCCACUCUGACCGUGUUGUUACCUGGACCAGUGUCUGUUAAUUAUCUGUUUGUCUCCUCUCUUUGUCUCUUGAUCUUGCUGUAGCUCAGAGAGAUGGAUAGCAUGGCAUUUCCUCUAGUGUUUGGCUGAAAUGUUGAGGGCAUGGCUCUAUUAACUGGAGUCUGAACUCUGAUCUCCACAGAGUGUAUUAAAGGGAGGAAGAUAAAUUCCCUUGCACAGCUGGAGCCACGUUAUAGAGCACUUUUAUCCUCAUGCACUUAGAGUUUAUAGAGGUAGCCAAGGUUAUACUGACAAAGAUGUAGAAUUUCUAAAACCAUUAAUGGACAUUUAACAGUUGAGAUUUAAGAAACAUAGCAUAUUGCCUUAUUGAUAUUGGCCAGACUGAUCUUAAUGAUGCAAUGAUGCAUUUUUGUGGCAUUAAAUUAUCUGUGUUGACUCAGUUAAUACAACCUGAGAGUGAGAUUCAGACAGUGUGUAUUUUCAGGAGCAUGCAUCUGGCUCCUGACCCCUCUGUAGUGGCAGUUAAAGUAACAGCAUAGCCAACUGUUAAGGCUGCUCCCGUGGCGCAACAGUGUGCAGUUUAAGUAAGACCGGGCCAUGAAUAUGGAUGGCGUAUCAGAACAAAUGUCCAGACAGGAGGGGUCACUGCCUGUGCUGCUUUAAUUAAAGUGGGGAUAAAGCAGCGGCUGUCCUCCCCUAGAUAAACCCUCCCACCACCAGCAGCUAGAAUGCCUUCCCAUGUUUUCCUUUGUCGCAUCCUAAUCCUGCAUUAUUUCCAUUGGGAGAUCUUUUCUCUGUUUCUGUGUGUUCAGUGUGCAGAGAUCAUACUGCUAAUUAAUGGUAUGUUAUCUCUGAAUAAGACUACUGUGGUCCUUAAGGUUGGGGUGGUUACACUCCUUUCGUUUACGUACUUUAGUGUGAAGCUUCAUCUGCUGUGGUUUUGGUAUGAUGGUAUAGAAAGAUGCAGAGCUGAUAUAAGAUGAGUAAGGGAUCAGACUGUAAGAAGACGCCCUUGCUCCUGAGGAGCACAACAGACAAGCGUUCAGCAGCAAUCGCAAUUUCGAAUCAUGGCGAUGCAAUAGGCGUUCAUGUCUGGGGGAUCAAGAGAGCUAAAUGGCUGUGCUCUCAGGGUGGGCGGGAUGGUGUUACUCUCUCCCCUGUCAAUUACAGUGGCACUAGCCAAUCGUGGGCAGCAGUGAGCUCAUGUAUGUGGAAGAGGGCAGAUAGCGCUUUCCUCCGAGUAUGUUCAGAUGCCUUGUGAUGUAGCGUGAGCAGCAGGUCAAAAAAGAUGUGAUGGCUGGCAAGUCUUGAAAGGAGGCACAUGCUAGCCUUUCAUCCUACCUGGUUUGUAGCUGUCAUGUGAAAGGGAAGAGUUAGCUAGUGUAGUAGGAAAUGACUCUAGUGGGAGAAAAUUUUGGGGAAAAAAAUUAAGAAGACACCCUUUGUAUGUUUGCAUGUGUUUAUAAGUGAUUUAAAUUAGUGAGAAUAUAACAACAAUGCUCAUUUGCAUCAUCAGUUUCUUUAGUUUCACACAAACACAAAGCAUUCCGCUAGACCAAACAACUACCCAUGUAUCCAUUUACCCAAGGAAACUAGGACAUUACCCGGAAAAUCCUCCAUUUUUUCCCACAUACUGUAUUUCAACAAUGGUAGUUGUAUUCAUUGGUUUCGGCAAGCUGUGAUAACAUCAUCUGAUCUCAGUGGUGAAAAGAACACUCAGUGUUGACAGAUAGAUGAUAAAAGGAAGAGUCUCAAAACAACAGGAUCACUGGGAUUGAUUGGAUUUUGGGAGUUCAUGACUCUACCACACACAGGAAACACUGAAGACCUGGGACCCUAAACCUGGUACAGAUCAUAUGGAAACAUCUGGCCUGAGCCUCAGGAAAUCCCACCUCUGGCACCAACACCCAAACAGAGUGUCACAUUGGCCAUCAUCCUAGCCCAUGUAAGAGAGACAGGUAUGAGAACUGUACACUGACAAGCCAACUUCCUGUCUACUGAGGUGUUAGGCCAUCCAGGGUGGAGGCCAUAUUAGCCUCCCUGUCUGAAAUAAUAUUUCCUCAAGUGAUAACCUCAUACAUCCAGCAGAGGAAAGAAUUCACACCCCACUGAUAUCUUUGGCACACUCUGUGCAACGUGUGAAAAUACAAUGGCAUGUGUGGAAUGCUAAGUGGUGGGAUAUUUAGCUCAAUGAAAUUUGUUGAACUUGUUGACUGAACAGUGCCUUUUUAUUAACUUGUAUUCAUGUUCUUAAUAAAUAAAAUUAUUUGAUAUGUAAUUUUUUUUACUGUUUCUUGUAGUGGUUAGAUAUUUUGCACCCUUCUGUUGCUUUAGGCAUUUGUGCAGAUAAGGCAUUACUGGGAACAUUACUGUUCCACCAUUAAGUGUCCAUCCACAUGGCUAAUGUUCAGUGUAAGAGGUUUACCUGGCAGUCCUUGUGUUCCAAUCCACCUUGAUAUCCUGCCUUUUUUACUAAAUAUUUCCUUAAAUAUUUCCAUAUUUUUAAGAACCAUUCAUUUACACUUCAUCUAUACAAGUCAUUUUCCAUUUAACUCAUACAGGGACCGAAGGGAAAUGGUUAACUUCGAACUGAGGUUGAAUUCCAGAUAAGAGUUUUCCUCUAUUGCUUUUAUACCACUGUAAUGCAAUCAACGCAAUGAGCCUCAUUUAUGAUUUUUUUUUAACGAUUAAGCUUAAGUUCCCGGUGGUGCAGCGUUGCCACCUCACAGCUCCGGGUUCCUCACUUUGAUCCUGAGCUCGGGUCACUGUCUCUUCUCCUUGUGUGUGCAUGGGUUUCUUCUGGGUUCUCCGGUUUCCUCCCACUGUUUGAAAACAUGCAGGUUGGUGGAUUGGUUAUGCUAAAUUGCCCCUAGGUGUAAAUGAGUGUGUGAAUGUGUGUGCGCAUGGUGCCCUGCAAUAGACUGGCAUCCCAUCCAGGGUGAAUUCUCCCACCUUGCGCUUUGAUGUUCUGUUUGAACUGAUGUGCACAGUAAGAUUUAGGAAACCAGAAAUGUGAAAACGUUGGCAAAUGACAAAUGUUGUCAUCAAACUUGUAUGAUAUGACCCUUUCGUUUUUGCCCGUUGAAUGGUGAAGUAACGUGUGCUCACCCUUAACUGAUGGUACACCUAGUCACGUGACUGAUUCAUUUAUUUAAUGAAUGAAUAGACUACAGACAUUAGUCUAAUGUUAGGUCUAAUGUUAUCAGUCCUUAUUUAAAGAAAUAGUGAAGUGCCACGGCAAUACUCACUCCCUUGGAGGACUUUGGCAGUGGUGCAUUAUGCAGAGUAGACUUUUUCGCCCAUUAUGAGUGGAUCCCAGCUACUAAAUUAUUUUAAUAAUUUUAACAGAACAAUUAACCAGCCAUUAGUAUGAAUUGUGGCUUCCCAAAAAAAGAUAUUUGGCAAUAUUUGGUUUCCUAGGUGGAGGUGAGGCACCUGUUCGCAUGUGUAAUUUUAAGAUAAUUUGCAAUUAAUAAACAGGCAACAGAUGGCAUGGACUUAGUAUUGAUCAAACAUAAUAAUCGCACAUUGACAUUUAACACACAGACCUGUAAUUGCCAGUUCCAAAGGGGGAGGUGCUGAUGGUGAUUGUGUGACAUUGCAGAAAAGAACCUGUAGUCCAAAUGUGUGUGUGUGUGUGUGUGUGUGUGUGUGUGUGCAAGUAAAACUGUCGGUCUUGAUGCCGCUGCUCUCUAAUUGGAGUUUAAGUAUGGUUGGCUGAGUGGCACCAGAGUGAUGUGUCAGGAGGGUGCCAGGUCUACGUUGUCCUUUUGUUAAACACGGCGUCGGAAAGCGCGGGCAAUGAACAAGCGAACGCUAUUCAGAAGGCUACGUUGUUUUACAUCAAUCAGCCUCGUUUGGCAGUGUACUACAUGCCUUGUUGAUGAGGCAGAGAGUAGUUCAGUCUGUCUGUUUGUUUGGUUAUGGGCCAAGCCAUUAGUGGGAGCAAGUGGUGGGGCAGUCGGCUGCUGGAUUGUCUUUGUUUCUGGUUUGUGUGAAAAUGCAUUAAAGGUCACUGAAAACAUGACUAACUCAAUGGCUCACUGCGUUUCGUCCAUUUCUGCCAUAUUUGUUUCACUUGUACGACAUUUAGCCUAUAUUGUGUUUCUGAUGUAGCCUUGUUUUUAAGAAUAACUGUAAAUAUGUUCAUCUAAAAUGGGAAGUGGGAAAACCCUUCACAUGGUCAAAUUUUGAAAUUAUCUCAAAUAUGUUUCUUUCUCGUGUAUCUCUACCAAUGCAAUGUUGGAAAGGAGCCUAAAUAAAACAUUUCCACGUUGUUUCGGUGACAUAUUUCUUAAAGUAGAGAUGUCAGAGUAUGAUAUUUGCAUAAAUAAUAAAUAGAAAUAGGGAUUUAUAUCAGAAUUUAGCCGUAGCAACAUCUAACAGGUUUUCCCAAUCUGCCUCACAUAUUGUUUCAUCUUUUUUAGUGAUAUAAUAAUAUAAAUGAUCUGUUUCAUUAAUUAUGCAGAGGAAAGAAAAUGCGAGGGUUUUGUGGUUGUGUUGAAGAGAGAUUACUAAUUAGUGUUUUUUGUUAGUUAUAAGAGCAUUCCCAAUUUCCUUCGCAUUCGUUGUGGCUCAUCCCUCUUAUGAAUAUUCAAUGAACCUGGUGCUUAAUAUGCAUGAGUGGGUGUGUAUAAGCAGAAGUGUGUUAGUGGUAUAAAAGCAUAAAAGGCAGAGAGAGUGAGAGAGAGAGAGAGGGCAGGAAAUGACUGCACUUGCACACUUGGAUGUGUUCACACACAGAGAACACUGCAUCGUGGAGUGUGUAUAAAUCUUCACUAGUGAGGGAGAGUGAGAGAGAGAGGCUUCCAGGAAGGAGGGAGAGAGCAUACAGAGUUACUGCUCUCCUCCAGAAGGAAGGCUGGAUGGUGUGAACUCUUCAUCAUGGGAUGCAGCCUCUGUACUUUACAGAAGCCAGCAGAGCGAUACAAACUACUGUAUGAAGUGUGCCGGGUAAAUGGCAAAGACCUGUCCAACGCUACUCAUGAGCAGGCAGUAGAGGCCUUCCGCACAGCCAAAGAGCCUAUCAUGGUGCAGGUGUUGCGCAGGACACCGAGGCCCAAACCGGCAGGACCUGAAGGGGACGCACAGCUGACGGACAUCAGUACGCAGACAGACAUCACCUUCCAGCAUAUUAUGGCCCUCAGUAAGCUGCCUGCCUCCACGCCUCCUGUACUUGAUCAGUACAUUCUACCUGAAGGACACUCUCCCGGGCAUGAGUAUUUUGACCCGAAUGAUUACCUUGAGACCAUGCAACAAGAUAUGGAAAGAGAGGAACUUGAGUAUGAGGAAGUGGAUUUGUACAGGACGAAUAUCCAGGACAAGCUGGGCUUGACUGUGUGCUAUAGGACGGAUGACGAGGAUGAAACUGGGAUAUACGUCAGUGAGAUUGAUCCAAACAGCAUUGCUGCAAGAGAUGGUCGAAUCAGGGAAGGGGACAGAAUCAUCCAGAUCAAUGGUAUAGAGGUGCAGAAUCGGGAGGAGGCGGUGGCUCUGCUCACGAGUGAAGAGAACCAGAACGUGUGCCUUCUGGUGGCUCGGCCAGAGAUACAGCUCGACGACGGAUGGAUGGAGGAUGAUAGAAAUGAUUUCCUGGAUGAUCUGCAUAUGGACAUGCUCGAGCAGCAGCAUCAUCAAGCCAUGCAGUUCACUGCCAGCAUGCUCCAACAGAAAAAGCCCGUGGAGGAUGGCAGCAUGAUGGACACAGGAACGCUGCUCUCACAGCAGCAUGAGAAGGACAGUGGCGUGGGCCGCACGGAUGAAAGCACCCGCAAUGAUGAGAGCUCAGAGCAGGAGAACCUCUGCGAUGACCAGACCAGUGCCUCUACCACGCUGGGCAGUCACAGGCGCCUGGCAUACAGUCAGGACACACUGGGAAGCAGUGACCUUCCCUUCAGCAACGAAUCCUUCAUCUCAGCCGACUACACCGAUGCAGACUUCCUGGGAGACUUCCCAGCUGAUGAGUGUGAGCGCUUCAGGGAGCUGUUGGAGCUCAAAUGCCAGGUGAGGAGUGGGGGUGGCUUGGGCAUAAGCUGGCCCAGCUUCGGCGUUGAUGCAGGUGCAGGGGAUGAUGUUGUUGACAAGGAGCUGGAGCUUCUUAAUGCAGAGCUGCGUAAUAUCGAACUAGAAUGCCUGAGCAUUGUGCGGGCACACCGUACACAGCAGUUACGUGAACAGCCAUGGAUGUUGCAUAACAGCGGUUUCCGCAACUACAACACAAGUGUGGAUGCACGGCGCCACGAGCUGGCCGAUAUCAGCGAGCUGCCCGAGAAGUCAGACAAGGACAGCUCAAGUGCCUACAAUACAGGAGAGAGCUGCCGCAGCACACCACUUACCCUCGAGCUCUCACCGGACAACUCUUUACGCCGAGCCAAUGAAGGGCUUGCAGAAGCCAGUGCAGGAAGUACUGUAACAGGUCCCAACACCAGAGCCUUAAGGCCCCUGCUAUCACCUGUCCAAGAGGCUUCUGGCUCAGGCAGGAGCCACACUGGUCCUCCCAAAGAGCCUGAUGCGGGCCACCAUUCUGAGGCCAAAGAACGCAAGCCGAGUCGCCUCAGCCAUCCGCACUCACCCUACAAACAUGCCCACAUCCCAGCACAUGCUCAGCAUUAUCAAAGCUACAUGCACUUGAUUCAGCAAAAGUCAGCUGUAGAGUACGCACAGAGCCAGAUGAGUCUUGCCAGCAUGUGCCGGGAUCCGGUGUCUGCCGAGCCCAAAGCAGAAUGGAAGGUGAAGAUCCGCAGCGAUGGUACUCGGUACAUCACCAAGAGACCAGCACGUGACCGCCUGUUGAAGGAGCGUGCUCUGCGCAUCCGAGAGGAACGCAGUGGAGGCAUGACCACGGACGAUGACGCAGCCAGUGAGCUGAAGAUGGGCCGUUACUGGAGCAAGGAGGAGCGUAAGCAACACGUCGUACGUGCCAAGGAACAGCGUCAACGGCGCGAGUUCAUGAAGCAGAGUCGCACAGACUGGCUGAAGGAGCAGAGUGGGAGUGGCGCUGAUGACAAAAAGGAGGUCAACAUCAUUGAACUUAGUCACAAAAAAAUGAUGAAGAAGCGCAACAAGAAGAUCUUCGAUAACUGGAUGACCAUCCAGGAACUGCUCACGCAUGGUGCAAGGUCUCCAGACGGGACACGAGUGUACAACUCGCUGCUGUCGGUGACCACAGUGUGAACUGGUGGCUCUGGCUGCUGUACAUAGGACACUACCGAUUGGGGUAGAGUAUCCUGCCUCGUUCAAUGUGGCAAUGUUUGUAAAUAAGGAAGUAGUAUCUUUGUUUGAAGGGGUUUUGUGAUCAGCAGUUAAGAGAAGGUACGAUGAGAGUUUCAGAGAAUGGACUAGGAGGAGAGAAAAGAGACACAAAUGGGUUUGCAUAAUACUUUCUACGUCAUGCUUGCUUUUUGAGUAAUUAUAAAGGAACUGUUUCUUAACAUUUGGGCCUUUCUGAAAGAUUUCUGAAAACAGUUUAAAGACCACUUGUCAUAAAACAACCACCGGCAACAUUUUUACAAGUCACUUUUAUCAGUAUUCUACUUAUCGUACAUACAUUUUGCUUAUUUAAAGUAAUACAUUGUAUUUAGCUUCAUGGCCAACACAAUACCUUGGGAGGACAUUGUUACAUUUUUCCAACGACACUACAAACAACUAUGUUUUUAAUAUUUUUAAGGUGCUGUUUAAAACAAUUGCAUUAUAAACAGUUUGUACCAUUGUGUUACAGCUGUUAAAUAGGUCAAGAUAACUUAAGGUGCGUACCUCUGAGAGCAAGUUCUCCUUUUGGUAAUUUGAUCAACUGUAAAUCAAUUUGCAUUGUAAAGGUACAUUCUGUGUUUUUUUUUUUUUUCUUGAACAACAUAAUGAAGACCUAGUCGCUAAUCUGCUGAAAUAAUCAGUUUUAAGUACAGUUCUCAAAAUCUUAGAAAUCUUGAGACACAGGAAGCAGUAUUGCAAAAACACCUUUCAAAGUGUUACUCGCUUUGUGUGCGUUAUCAUUGUGCAAAAGACAUUUAAUAUGAUUUAUAUUGUAUGUAUAUAGCAUACCAUAAAAGAUGUAAACAAACUGGUCUUAAACAAAUUCAGUGUCAAGCUUUGCCCUUUACAGAAUUCUUUAUGGUCAAAAAAAGAAAAAAAAAGUCUUUUGUAUUGGACUCCAUGUAUCAAAUCAAAAUAACACAACCUAACAAAUCCUUAGUUACCAACACAAUUUGAUGUCUUGUAAAAUGGGAGAAAUAAUAAAUUAUUGUUUUAUAUUUGAUAA